AUGAUGAAAUUAGUGGACCAGGUUGUUAGGAGUUUUAAGGUCGCAAAAGUAUUUCGGGAAAAUACAGAUAAAAUAAACAGUAUAGAUUUCUCCCCUACGGGUGAGACAUUAAUUUCUUGUAGUGAAGAUGAUCAAAUUGUAAUUUAUGACUGUGAAAAAGGAACACAAAUGAUUACCGUAAAUAGUAAAAAAUAUGGUGUGGAUUUAAUACACUUUACACAUGCUAAAAAUACAGCAAUUCACAGUUCUACAAAAGUUGAUGACACAAUAAGAUAUUUGUCACUCCAUGACAAUAAGUACAUUAGAUAUUUCCCUGGGCAUACCAAAAAAGUUGUUACACUUUGUCUAUCUCCUGUAGAAGACACUUUUUUGUCUGGAUCAUUAGAUAAAACAUUACGUCUCUGGGAUUUACGUUCCCCAAAUUGUCAAGGCUUGAUGCAUUUGUCGGGUAGACCAGUUGCAGCAUAUGAUCCUGAGGGUCUUAUAUUUGCAGCAGGUGUGAACUCUGAGAGUAUAAAAUUAUAUGACUUGAGAUCGUUUGAUAAAGGACCUUUUGUGACAUUUAAGUUAAAUCAAGAAAAAGAAUGUGAUUGGACAGGACUUAAGUUUUCACGAGAUGGUAAAACAAUGCUUAUAAGUACUAAUGGUUCUAUAAUUCGUCUAGUGGAUGCCUACCAUGGAACACCACUUCAAACAUUUACUGGGCAUUUAAACAAUAAGGGUAUUCCUAUUGAAGCCUCAUUCAGUCCAGACUCACAAUAUAUAUUUAGUGGAUCAACAGAUGGAAGAGUUCAUGUCUGGAAUGCAGAUACAGGCUAUAAAGUAUGUGUUUUAAAUGGAGAUCAUCCUGCUCCUAUACAGUGUGUUCAGUUCAAUCCCAAAUAUAUGUUAUUAGCCUCUGCAUGCACUAAUAUGGCUUUUUGGCUACCAACUAUAGAUGAUGUG